UCCAGCUGGUAAGCCUGCUGCUGAUUGGAAUUGCGGCAUGGGGAAUCGGCUUCGGCCUGAUCUCUAGUUUCAGAGUUGUUGGCGUGGCAAUUGCAGUAGGAAUCUUCCUCUUCCUUAUUGCCUUAGUUGGAUUGAUUGGUGCGGUGAAACAUCAUCAAGUAUUGCUAUUCUUUUACAUGAUUAUUCUUCUGCUAGUCUUUAUUGUGCAGUUUUCUGUCUCCUGUGCCUGUUUGGCACUAAACAAGGAACAGCAGAGUCAACUUCUAGAGGUGGGAUGGAAUAACACUAAAAGUGCGAGAGCAGAUAUUGAGAGAAAUCUGAAUUGUUGUGGAUUCAGAGUUUUUGAUCCGAAUGAAACCUGCUCCUCUGAUUGUUUUAGAAGUCGCCAGUGUCAACCAUGUGCACCAAUAAUAGAAGAAUACUCUGGAAUGGUGCUGAGAUUUGUUGGAGGCAUAGGACUCUUCUUCAGUUUCACAGAGAUUCUGGGAGUCUGGCUGACAUAUAGAUACAGGAACCAAAAGGAUCCCCGUGCAAAUCCUAGUGCAUUUCUUUGAUAAGUUUAUAAAGGACUGAAUCUUCUCUCUGCACCCUCUACUUCAAAAUACUGAUUCUUCAUAGUCUGAUAUUUCUCCAUAAUAGGGACUUAUGUACAAGUACCCAAAAGAAAACUAUUUCCAUAAGAAAUUUGUAGUUUUCGUAUUUAAUGUCCCAUAAUUUUCUUCUAAGAAUCUGUGUCUUAAAGUAGACUGGUGCAUUCAGUAGCUGGGCAUAGUCAAACUGCUGCUCUGAGCUGAUUAAAUAACUCUGUUAAGACUUUGGUAAUGGAUGUGGUGAACUCAUGGUAUAGAGUUUUGUAGCACUACUGGCUUCUCUGGUGUCAAAAAAAAAAAAGCAAAAGUAUUUUCUGCUGUAUUCAUUGAUGACAAAAAUUCACAUGAUUUCUCAUUAAAGUGA